GAUGACGUCGACGGACGGGCGACGGAAGUGCGCCAUUGCACUUCCUCCCAACGGCUCCGCUCGGAGCCUCGACUGGACUACGACACCCAGCAGCCCGUGCGCGGCGGCCGGGGGCCGGGCUGGGGAAAGACUAGUGGCUAUGGCCGAGUCGCUUCCCCCUGAGAUGCUGUCUUAUAUAUUGAGCUUCCUCCCUCUGUCGGAUCAGAAAGAGGCUUCCCUGGUGAAUCGGGCCUGGUACUUUGCCGCCCAGACCGCUCUUCGGGAGAUAGAUGUUCGGUACAUCAUCCCUGUGGCAUCGGCCUCCCUCACCUUGAUCAAGAGCCUGGGCCGCAGACGAGUAUCUUGUAUCAGCCUUACCGACGUGGACAGUUCUGCUGAUGCCAGUAACGUGCUACAAUCCAUCUCCUACCACCUGGGCCCACACCUGCACAGCCUGUCCCUUGGUGGGGGCACCGUGACGGAAGUUUCCUUUAUAGAGCUUGUCACGAGCUGCCCUGGGCUCCAGGUCUUGGACCUCAGUGGCUGCAACAGCCUCUUCAUGUCAGGGAUGCUCCUGGGCCAACCAGAAACAGCCCAGCGGGUGCGGGAAGCCCUGGCUAACCUCCGGGAGCUCAACCUCUCUAACCUUCGCUACUUGGCAGACAUCACCUUCACCCGCCUGAGCAGCUGUGCCCCCAAACUGGAGCGCCUCUCCCUGGCCCGCUGCCACAUCACCUUUGACUCCCACCACGGUCUGUCUGCCCGGCAAGACUCUUCGGCCAUCCUUUCCUUCCGCAACAUACUUCACUUCCUGAAGGAACGGGCUGGUCAUCUUGUAGCCCUGGACCUGAGUGGCACGAAUCUGUCCCCCAUGGCCCUUCAGGCCCUGGGACAGGUGGUGGGACUUCGUCUGCAGGAGCUGACCCUGCGGGGCUGCCGGGACAUCUCUGUGGAGGCGGUGGCAACCCUGUGCCGUCAGCAGCGAGGCCUCACCAGCCUGGACCUGAGUGGCUGCUCAGAGCUAGCGGACGGGGCUCUCCUGGCUGUGUCCAGGGGCCUGCGGGGCCUGCGGCAUCUGCGGAUGGAGAAGCUGCAACGACUGACGGAUGCCGGCUUCUCGGCCCUGCACGGGCUCCAGGAGCUGAGGAGCCUAGACAUAGCUGAGUGCUGCCUUGUGAGUGGAAGGGAGCUGGCCAAGGCAUUGGAGUUCCCCAAAGGUCCCCCACCCCACUUCACAUCUCUCAGGCUAGCCUACUGCUCCCUGCUGAAGGACGCUUCAGUGAUGUCCCUGGCGCAGGGGCUCGGCUCCAGCCUGAAGGUGCUAGACCUGUCAUCCUGCGUGUCUCUCACAAACAGCAGCCUGCUGGCCAUCUCGGCCAACCUGCCCCAGCUCACUGUCCUCCGUCUGGCCUGGUGUAAGGAAAUCACUGAUUCAGGGCUCCUGGGGCUGGUGGAUCCAGGCGAGGAGAAGGACAAAGGGCCGAAGUUAAGCAGGAACUUUGGAGACACGGGCUUCUUCCUCCCACAGCUGCCUCCGGAGCCCUCGGCCCACCUCGAGUCCCCCUCCCGAGAGGCUCCCAACAAGCAGCUCAGCCCCUCGCUGCUCAUGCUGAGGGCCUUGCAGGAGCUCGACCUCACUGCCUGCAGCAGGCUGACGGACACCAGCCUGGCCAAGGUCCUGCGGUUCCCCCACCUGAAGCAGCUGUCCCUGAGCCUGCUCCUGGAGCUCACAGACACGGGGCUGGUAGCUGUGGCCAAGGGAUGUCCCAGCCUGGAGCACCUGGCCCUGAGUCACUGCAGCCGCCUGAGCGACCGGGGCUGGGCCCAGGCGGCCGAAUUCUGGAGGAGGCUCCGGCACCUCAACCUCUCCAGCUGCAACCAGCUGACAGAGCAGACGCUGGUCACCAUUGGAAAGGCCUGCCAGCGGCUGAAGGUGCUGGACGUGUCCAUGUGCCAGGGCAUAAGCAUGGCUGCCGUGGAGCACUUCCAAGCCCAGCUGCCCCAGGUGACCUGUGUGCAGUCACGCUUUGUUGGGGGGGCAGACCUCGCCAUGACCCUCUGA